AUGUCUCCUCGUAAAGAAAGAAGAUGCCCUGGAAACAUCUCUCUCAAAAUGGUUAGUGAACGCCGUGAAGUGUGUGCUGUGGCUCCAUCUUGUUGGAACCAGACUUCUUUGUGGUUCCUAGUAAAGACAGCUGCAUGUUUAAGUUCUGAACGCCUCGGAGAUUGCUGGAUAGACGCACUUACACGUGCCACAUUAUCCGGCGUUGUUGCGGUUAAAGGUCGGCCAGACGAUUUUCUCUUUAGCGCAGAACCCGUUGCUCUAAAGUUUGAUAACCAAACUUGA